AUGAAACUGAACAAUGAGACGGUGACAAUCGAGCUCAAGAACGGCUCCGUCGUGCAUGGGACGAUCACAGGCGUCGACAUGCAAAUGAACACCCACUUGAAGACCGUGAAGCUGACCGCGCGCAAUCGGGAACCCAUGGCUCACGAGACCCUGACAAUCCGCGGCAACACCAUCCGCUACUUCGUCCUACCAGAUGCCAUACCCCUAGACACCCUCCUCGUCGACGACGCACCGAAGCCUAAGAACAGGAAAAAGGACGAUGCGCGGGGUCGCGGGCGCGGCGCAAGGGGAGGCGACCGGGCACGCGGGCGAGGCAGAGGACGGGGACGAGGCAGGGGCUUCUAA